AAAUAGAACAAACUAAAGCUAAGACAAAGGAUGAGUAGUAGUAGUAGUCUUCUCAUUAUCCCCACUUUAUCAACACACUAUCUUUCGACCUCAUUUCCUCCUCAUCUUACUGUUCUCAUUCUGCUAGAUAUUCAACGCUUGCAUGAUAUUGAAUCUUUUUGGAGGGUUUUUGAAAAAGAUUUGAAGGGAAAGAAGAAGUUACAAAUGAAAACAAAGGAGUUAUCAUUAGCAAUAGCAGAAUCUUCAUCUGUGAUUGGAGAGGUACAAGUGGAACAGAAACAAGUACAACAAGUUACUCCAAGGAAGAGAGGGAGGCCAAGAAAAGUUGUGGAGAAAAGUGAAGAAGAUGAUGAUGAAACAAAUCAAGAUUUGCAAGAAGACAUGUUGUCAAAGAAAGCAAAGUCAAAGGAUGAAAAGUCAAAUGAAGAAUUGAUCAAAGAAGAAGCAAAAGAAGCACCAUCUCCUACUGCUACUAAGGAUCAACCAAGAAGAAGCAGGAGAAAAAGCAAGCCCAGAAAGAGCUGCUAGAACAACUUUGUAAAAUACUAAAAUCCAUAACAAAUAAAAGAUAAUAAAUAACUCCCUUAAAAUUAUUUGUCAAGGGGAAGCUUAGGAAUUGUAAUUUAAUUAUAUUGUUUGAUUUAAGUGGAUGAUGCUUUUAUGGUUUCCUAGAUUUAUAUAUGUUUUUUGGGUCCUUA